AAUCUAGAAGUACCAGGUUGGUAUCACAUAUGGUCAGUAUACGUCGUCAACAUUUUCAGUGCAGUUGUGUUAAUGCUUCUAAUAUUUUUUUAGUAUUUAUUUUUAUAAUUAUAAUAUUAAUGGGACAAACUUGAAAACAUGAACCAGGAUACUAGAGAGAGAACCGAGCCAGUAUUAAUAAGUGAUUUGCAAGGUGACCAUUCUAUUCAAUCUGUUAACGGCCGCAUUGCUUCAAUUAAAGAAUCUUCAAAUCAGAAUAAUAAUAAUAACGGCAUUAAUGAAUUCAGAACUAAAUCAAAGAAAACAUUCAAAAAUGCUUUACCACAGAUAUUAGCUGUAUCAGCUAAGAACUGUUUACUUUUAACAUAUGGAAUGACAUUAGGACUACCGACAAUAGCUAUUCCAGCAUUAUAUUCUAAUUCAGUAUCAAAUACCACUAGUGUAAGACAUGAUGAUCUACUCCAAUUGAACAAAGAACAAAUAUCAUGGUUCAGUAGCAUCAAUUUAAUAUGUGUUCCACUUGGAUGUAUGAUAUCUGGAACUAUUACUCAACCUUUUGGACGAAAACCCAGUAUGAUUGCGCUUACAUUGCCAUUCAUUCUAGCUUGGUUGUUAUUUCAUUAUGCUUCAACAGUAACUGAGCUCUACUUAGCUUUAGCUCUCUGUGGACUUUGUGGUGGUUUACUAGAAGCUCCAGUGUUAACCUACGUUGCGGAAAUUACUGAACCUCAUAUCCGAGGUGUGCUUGCAGCUCUGUCAUCGACUACAGUCAUACUUGGAUCUAUAUCACAAUUUAUUUUAGGAAACUUUUUACACUGGAGAAAAAUUGUACUUUUCAAUACUAUCGUACCGAUAGUGGCAUUUAUUUCAUUAUUAUUUAUACCAGAAAGUCCACAUUGGCUUAUAACCAAAGGUCGUAUCGUCGAAGCCGAAAAAUCGCUAUGUUGGCUGCGUGGUUGGGUUCAGCCAGAUGCAGUACAAUAUGAACUGUCGAUGUUAAGUAAAUCAAUAGCAUUAAACGAGGAGAAAGUUAGAAUGAAGAAAAACAAAAAAUUUUAUUCAUUUUAUUUGAGACGAACAUUUUUACUACCAUACUUCAUCAUAACAGCUAGUUUCUUUUUUGCAAGCUUUGGUGGAACAAGUACAUUGCAAGUUUAUGCAGUUCAAAUUUUUGAAACGUUGGGGUCUCCGAUCAAUGGUUAUACAUCGACAUUGGUUCUUGGAAUUUUACAAUUGAUGGGAGGCAUUCUAGGCCUAUUAUUAAUUCACUGGACUGGUAAACGUCCUUUAGCAAUAGUUUCCACGCUGGGAUCAUCUUUGUGUUUUUUCGUUGUGUCAGCAUAUGUAUUCAUAAAACAAUACAACGCGGAAAUAAUUCUUAACGUUAAUUGGAUACCGUUAGUGUUUUUGAAUAUAGCUGCUUUUAUGUCACAUGUUUCUAUUCGACUUCUACCAUGGAUGUUAAUUGGAGAGGUAUAUCCACCGAAUAUUCGCGGGCAAGCUAGUGGUGCCAGCGGUUCUAGUUCCUACAUAUUUUCUUUUAUUGCAAAUAAGUCAUACUUCAUGGUACUUGAUUGUAUUAAUUUAUCGGGAACAUUUUUAUUAUACGCCAUAGUAAGUCUUAUUGGAUGUUUAAUGUUAUACACUAUGAUGCCAGAAACAGAAGGUGUUCCUUUAGAAGAUAUUCAAAAUCAUUUUGCGGAUAAAACAAAAACAUUUACUAUGAAAAUUGAAAGAAGUGAUAAGAUCAAACAAAAAAAAAUGUGGUCAGCAACAAAUCCUGCUUUAGAGCUAGAUCAUACCGAAACCCAUAUAUAAUUGUUAUCAUAUCUUAUUUAUAAGUUAUUUACUUUCCAACUAUUACAAUAAUAAUUCUUUUUAUACAUUAUGGUUUAUGAUUAAUAAAUUAUUUAAUUUUUUA